CGAAAUAGUGUUGGCCAAUCUGUGAGGAAGUGAUAACCUGCUGUUGUCAGUUGUUAACUGUUAGUGUUAGUUGUUUGGAUUUGAGCUUCACUGGGCCUGUCUGUGAGCCUGUCUCUGAGGUCGUGGUUGAUUCAAAUGGUUCCUAUUGAAUCGAAAAGAGUCAUAUUUACAAUGAGAUGGGUCUGACAGACCGGCUCAAAAAAUGGAAACGCGUUCCGGAUAACUGUAUGACGUACAGGAAGGCGGUCUGUUUUAUCAUAUUCCUACUGUUCGUCGUCAUAUUCGUCUACCCUAACUACAUGACUAGAGAUGAUGGCAAGCACGCGUUCAAAUUAGAAAAGAUACGACAAUGUUUAGAAGAUCGACUGAUUACAUUCUCUUUGGAUGUGGAAGAAGGGAAUGCAAAUGUAAGACGGAACCUCAUAGGUGACAAAGAUGACUCUUUCCUUCCAUUUGUUGGGAACGGGUACCAUGGUGUCACCAUAACCCCGUUGUCGACAAUAUAUUUAAAAAAAUUAAGGACUCUAUCGCUUGAUUUAAAGUGGUCACCACUUUACAACAUAAAUACCGAUUCUGUGAUGGAAGAAGUUGUAGUAUCAAACUUUCUUAAUGGUGUUGUACAUCGUUAUCAGUGCCUUGGAAAUGGCCUCCAUGUUACUUACAAUUAUAUUUCGCAUAGAUUGAGACCUUAUUUAUUUAUGCAAGAAUUAAAAUUUGUAAAUCCAAGUAGCCAAAAGGUAAAUCUAAAGUUAUCAAAACCAAAUCUAUCCCUAUGGAGUCAUACUGAACCUAGGAUUACUAGGAUUCCAGAGGGGAAAGGCAAAGCUUUGUAUGAAAUCACUAGUGGUACUGUUGAUAUCGACAAAGAAAAAGAAGAGCUGGCUGUUUCUAUUAUAUUGAAGUCAAUUCCUAGAGCCCUUGAGAUUGAACCUCAUAGGACCAAAAUAAUUCAAAUACCCUGCAUAAUAUACUCUGAAGUAAUUCCGAAAGGAAGUUACUUUGAAAAAAGAAACAACAUCGAGACUAAAUCUGUAGAGGAACUGAAAAAUAUAACUAUGGAGAAUUUUAAUAAAAUCAAAAUGGAGCAUAUUAAUGCAUGGACAAAAGUAUGGGAAACAGGGCUUUUUAUAAGCCAUUCGAAAGCAGCAAAUGCAUUGAACGGGGACAAAAUAAAUGCAACAAUCUAUUAUGUCCUGUCGAAUGUAUUACCCUUAAGUGUCAUAAGCAAUAAUAAAACGGCAUUGACCAAAAUUAAUGAUAACAGUUACCUUACUUUGGCUGAAGGAUGUUAUGGUGGUUAUCACCAUACACUACAAGCAAAAAAACUUUGGAAAAGUUUAAAUACAUAUGAAGAAGUUAACGAUAUUGUUUCCUUGUGGUUGCUAACUUUGGAAAAACAAGGCUGUCAGAAAUUAAUAUCCAGCGGUUAUUUAAGAGUUAUGCAAGCUCUCAUUUUGAGUUUUGGAGGUUUUCGUUUUAAUAGCCACCACCUUGAAUUUAAAAUUGAUCCCAAGUUUCUACACAGAGAUUUCAUUUUCAGGAGAAUAUCUUAUGAUGGCAUCACAAAUAUUAACGUCAGUGUUACACUUCAAGAUGAUAACAAAGCUUUAUUAGGAGUUUCCCUCGACAAAAGCGAUAAGAAUUAUUAUGCAUGUGAUGGAGGAUGUAUAGAGGAACCAGUCAAACUGGGGACAUCUGUGAUUUACUUUCCUGUUAAAAUGACAGAACCAAUUACAUCUAUUUUAUACAUAACUUCAGAUAAGAGCCACAUGGAGUUAAUAAAGCAUACAUUACAUGUUCACAAGAUUGUUGAGGCUCCAGCUUAUGACCAUCAUGUAAUUGCCUUACACAGACAUGGACAUCACUUAGGUGGGCUUCCAGUCCUGUUUUGGGCUUCAAUUUGUUUUCUUAUUGUUAUAUUUCAUUUGUUUCUUUUUAAACUAAUUUUUAAUGAAUAUUGUGAUAAACCAGAUAGACAUUCUAGAGUAAGAUAUGGAAAAAUUUAGAAAAUAAAUUCUGGUCAUUUAUACGCAAUUUA